CCGUGGGACGGUACAAAAGAAUGGCUCUCACAACCAGUAGUUGCGUCCUUCAUUGCUGGAGGUAUGGCGGGUGCUGUGUCGCGAACCGUCGUAUCGCCGCUCGAGCGUCUCAAGAUUCUUUUCCAGAUUCAGAGUGUUGGCCGCGAAGAAUACAAAAUGUCGAUAGGCAAGGCUCUGGGCAAGAUGUGGCGCGAAGAAGGAUUCCGUGGGUUCAUGGCAGGCAACGGCACAAAUUGCAUCCGCAUUGUGCCUUACUCGGCCGUGCAGUUUGGAAGUUAUAAUUUCUACAAGCGGGAUACUCCUGGUGCGCCCCUCGGUGCUCUCCAGCGUCUGUCGUGUGGUGCCAUCGCAGGUAUCACGUCCGUGACAUUCACCUACCCCCUUGAUAUCGUUCGAACACGACUCUCGAUACAGUCGGCCUCAUUCGCAGGCCUGGAAAAAGCAGAAGCUGGAAAGAAGCUACCAGGAAUGUGGCCGACAUUGGUCAGAAUGUACAAGACCGAGGGCGGCUUCUUCGCGCUCUACCGAGGCAUAGUUCCGACGGUUGCUGGUGUCGCGCCAUACGUAAGAGCCUCCUAUCCUCGAGAUGUGAUCGCGGAGCUGACAGUUGCAAGNGUUGGACUGAAUUUCAUGGUCUAUGAAUCCGUCCGCAAUUAUUUCACACCGGAAGGUUCGGACAACCCAAGCUCCAUUGGAAAGCUGGGUGCAGGUGCUAUCUCAGGAGCUGUCGCGCAGACAUGCACAUAUCCNCUUAUACUGAUCACGAGCCACAGCGACCUGCUUCGCCGAAGAUUCCAAAUCAACACCAUGUCAGGCAUAGGCUACCAGUACAAAUCAAUCUUCGAUGCUGUCAGAGUUAUCGUCAAGCAUGAAGGCAUCAAGGGCAUGUACAAGGGCAUUGCUCCCAACCUUCUCAAGGUCGCUCCGAGCAUGGCCAGCAGUUGGCUGAGUUUCGAGCUCACACGUGACUUCUUCGUUGGUCUGAAACCAGAAGUAUAA